GCGUAUGCUUGCCGUGGCUGCCCGGCUAGCUAUGUAACAGUGGCGACGAAGUCGGUUUUCGCUACCCACGGUACCUGACGGACUACGAGUCCUGGCGUCAGACGAACGAGGACCGACCACGAUGGCCUCCCUGCAGUUGCCGGAUUACGACGAAACGAAAGAUAAGUGGAAGCCUUACCUCGUCAGAGCAGAAGCGUAUUUCGAGGCGAACAGUGUAACGGACCCGGCUAAGAAGCGAGCACUACUAGUUUCGGCGUUGUCUAGUAAGACGGUCGAGGUGCUAGCCGGCAGAGUAGCCCCGCGUGCACCAAAUGAACUGACAUACAAGGAAGUCGUUCAGAGCUUGAAUGAGUAUUAUGACCCUAAGAAGCACGAGAUAACGGAAAGCUACAAGUUCUUCAAUCGCUCACAACUUCCAGGCGAAAGCGUUAGCGCAUUUCUCGUUGCUAUUCGCCGAAUAGCAGACAACUGCAAUUUCGGCACGUCUCUUGACCGCAUGCUUCGGGAUCGCAUUGUCUGCGGCGUACGCUCCGUGGCACUGAGGAAACAGAUGUUGGCAAAAAAGGAUUUAACGCUAGAAGAAGCCGAAGCAUUGGCACUGUCUGUCGAAGCAGCUGAAAAUGGUGCCGAAAGCAUGACCUCAGAAGCUACGCCCUUGCUUAAGCUACGCGCGUCCGAGGCCAACACUGUUAAAACAUCUCCGACUCGGCACGCGGCACAGCAUUGUGAUAGAUGCGGAAGCAGCAAACACGACGGCAACAGCUGUCGUUGGAUUAGAGCAAGGUGUUAUCGCUGCGGACGUCAUGGGCAUCUCGCAAAGAUGUGCCGCACAACCGCCAGUAAGAGCCGCGUCGCAACGCAUGCAGUGGAGGGAAGAGCUUUGACUCUCGAAGAAGCCGUAACUGAAGACGACGAUAAGGACGAGACACAUAUAUGGACCUUACUUUCUGCACGAAAAAGCCGCCUCGAGCCGCCGAUAAGGCGCAGUUUUUCAUGGAAUGGCGUACAACUUACAAUGGAAGUAGAUACUGGCUCGCCUGUCUGCGUAAUUUCCAAAAACGUGUUUGACAAGCAUCGCGAACAGUGGCCAGCGCUUAAACCUUCUCAGGUGAAGUUGUCAUGCUACGUUGGACCACUCCCAGUGAUGGGGGAAUUGCAACUUUGUGUGCAAUACAGGGCCGUCUCAGUUUACUGCCGUCUUAUUGUACUGAACUGCUCGGGACCUAACCUGUGUGGCCGGGAUCUGAUUUCCUUGCUCCACAGAGCGGGGGUUCCAGUUUUGCAGCCGUCGGCACAAGACUUGCUACACUCAACGCCAGAACCCGCUGGGGCAGUUCACAACAUUGUCGACGACUACCACGACGUCUUCUCCAAGGAUCUUGGCCUGAUCAAGGGACCUCCAGCCACAUUGCAGCUGAAAGAGGGAGCGGUGCCGAAAUUCUGUCGCCAAUUCACUCUCGUGACGGACCACCAGCCCCUCUUGAGCUUGUUGCAAUCCGACCGCCCGACGCCACCCCUGGCUGCAGCACGUAUCCAGCGCUGGGCACUGUACUUGGGUGGCUACCGCUACAAGCUGCAAUACACGCCGGGAAAACAGUUGCUCAACGCGGACGCCCUGAGCAGGCUGCCACUGCGGUCUACGGAGGCUGAUGACGUGGACUCGCCGCCGGCAUCAGAUGACUGGGUGGUCCCCAUAGAAAGCAACGUGUACGUGCGGAACUACGGUGUCGGAGAAAAGUGGACACCAGGGCGUGUGCAGUCCACUGCAGGAUCCCGAAUGGUGACCGUCCAAACUCCUCAUUCUGUAGUCAGACGCCACGUUGACCAAGUGCGCCCUCGACAAGUAUCGCAGUCCCCAUCGCCGGGCUCUGCAUCCUUAUCAGAGUCUAAUAUGUCCAUGCUGCCGAAACGAUCGCCGGGGCCCUCAACUACAAGCUCCACCGUGCUGCCUCCAGAAGCGCUCACUACCGCAAGCCCCCACGACCAUCCAGUGCCAACCAUGCCACAGGCCGGUCCUACACAAGCGGCGACCCCAAGCGCGGAACCAGUGCUUCGGCGUUCUACCAGACAACGCAAGCCAGUACAACGGUUCCAUUUUUAAGAAGAGAGAAGUGUUGCGAACUGAACUCUCCUACUUCUACGUCCCCCCCUUUCCCCCCUUCGUGUUUCUGUCGAUGGCUGAAGCGAUAGCCAUUCCCGCCCCCCUUUCCCCCUCUCCCUGCUUCGUAGAUGAAGCUACAAAAGAAGCUUGCGCGAAACAAUAAACGUUCACUCGUUGCCCUAGUCUGCGGUUGUCUGCGUAUGCUUGCCGUGGCUGCCCGGCUAGCUAUG